UCCUCAUCUUCUGCUCGACUACUCCUCGUUUCACUUGCAACGCUUUCUCUCGCUUUCUUCCUCCGACUUUUCCCAAUGGCGCAUACCAAAUCCAAUAUUCUCUUCAUCGGCGGCACCGGCUACAUUGGUAAGUUCAUCGUCGAGGCCAGCGCCAAGGCUGGCCACCCCACUUUCGUUCUCGUCCGGGAGUCCACUCUCUCCAACCCGGACAAGUCCAAAGUCAUCGACUCCUUCAAAGCCUCCGGCGUCAACUUCGUCCUUGGUGAUCUGUACGACCACGAGAGCCUUGUGAAGGCGAUUAAGCAAGUCGAUGUGGUGAUUUCGACGGUGGGUCACGCUCAGUUGGCCGAUCAGGGCAACAUUAUCGCUGCCAUUAAAGAAGCCGGAAAUGUUAAGAGAUUUUUCCCUUCCGAGUUUGGAAACGACGUGGAUCGAGUGCACGCCGUUGAGCCAGCAAAGACGGCGUUCGCUACAAAAGCUAAGGUCAGAAGAGAUGUUGAGGCGGCCGGGAUUCCCUACACUUAUGUGUCGUCAAACUUCUUUGCUGGGUACUUCCUGCCCAGUCUGAACCAGCCCGGAGCUACUGCUCCUCCCAAGGACAAAGUCGUCAUUUUGGGUGAUGGCAACCCCAAAGCAAUUUUUAACAAGGAAGAGGAUAUUGCUACCUAUACCAUUAACGCUGUGGAUGAUCCAAGAACAUUGAACAAGAUCCUCUACAUCCGGCCACCUGCCAACACCAUCUCCUUCAACGAACUUGUGGCUCUUUGGGAGAAGAAGAUUGGCAAAACCCUGGAGAAGGUCUAUAUCCAUGAGGAGCAACUACUCAAGAACAUUCAAGAGGCUCCAGUUCCAAUCAAUGUGAUACUAUCAAUCGGUCACUCGGUUUUUGUGAAAGGAGACCACACUAACUUUGAGGUCGAGCCGUCAUUUGGAGUGGAAGCUACUGCUCUUUACCCUGAUGUCAAAUACACUAUUGUGGAGGAGUACCUCUCCCAGUUUGUCUGAGAUUAAAACAUCUAUGUUCCCAAAUAAUGUAGUUCUUCCCAAAUAAUGUAGUUCUUGAUUUUCUCUAUGUUCCAAAAUAAUGUAGUUCAUGGUGUGAUAUCUUGGUGUGAAAGAAAAUUUUACCAAAAAAACAAAGGAACACAAAUAAGCAGAUGGGGCUGUACCCCUGCUUGGGUCAUCUAUGUCGAAGCUACUGGUUCCUUUUGUAAAAAUGAAAAUGAAGGUCUUUGAGUUAGGAAUUUAUCUUGCCUCGUUCAUUUCUCUGUGAGAUUUUGUUUGAUGUAAAGGAACAUAUUUGAAGUUGAUCUCCCUUUGA